UUUUCCCUCUCUCUCUCACCUCCUCCACCACUAUAUCAUCACGUGAAUCCACAAUAAUUUCUCAUGCACUUAAUUGUGGGGUCAUUUAGCCACCCCUUCCUCUUUUGUUCUCUUCCCUAACUCCAACUCUCAAGAAUCUCCAAUCCCCUCUCUCUAAUUCUUCCUUCUUCUUCUUCUUCUUCUUCUUCAAAUAUAUUCCGCUCUUCUUUUUUCAUUCUUUCUUCAUUAUCUUCAACAAUGGUGAAACAAACUUCAUCUUUUCAUGCUCUUCUUAUUGUUUUUGUUUUUUUUUUUCUUGGUGUUGCAGCCAAAGGGGUUCAUAGUUUUCAAGAGAAGAAUUAUCAUAACCUCCUCAAUCUUCAGAAUAUUAUUCUUCAAUGGCAACAGCAACAACACCAGAAUGGAGAACUCUCAAGUUGUCUCUCUCAGAGAUCAAGAUCCGUGAAAGGUGCAACAAUUCUACAAAUGAAGCACAGGGCCUACUGUUCCGGAAAGGUCAUAAACUGGAACAAGGAGCAGCAAAAACUCCUAGCUCUGGAUGUUCUACAUGUCAACUAUCUUCAAUCCCGAAUCAAAAACCUUCAUUCUUUCAACAAAAAUGGAGUUCUGGACACCCAAAUCCCUAUAACUUCUGGGGUAAAACUUCAAACUCUAAACUACAUUGUCACAGUCGAGCUCGGCGGUCGACAAAUGACUUUAAUUGUCGACACUGGAAGUGACCUGACAUGGGUUCAAUGCCAGCCCUGCAAAUUAUGUUACAAUCAACAAGAUCCUCUUUUUAACCCUUCAAUGUCUCCUUCAUACAAACAAAUUUUAUGCAACUCUUCGACUUGUAAAUCCCUGGAAAUUGCCACCGGAAAUUCUGGACUUUGCGGAGGAAAUCCUCCGACCUGUAACUAUUAUGUUAGUUAUGGGGACGGAUCCUACACUCGCGGUGAACUAGCCCGUGAAAAUCUAAAUCUUGGGACGAUUCCGGUGAUUAAUUUUGUAUUCGGUUGUGGGAGAAAUAAUCAUGGUUUGUUCGGAGGAGCUUCAGGCCUGCUGGGUCUUGGAAGGAGUGAUAUCUCAGUGGUGUCUCAAACUUCAUCAAUUUUCGGAGGAGUUUUCUCCUAUUGUUUACCUUCAAUGGAAGCCGGAGCUUCAGGAUCUCUAGUUCUUGGAGGAAAUUACUCGGUUUAUAGGAAUUCGACUCCGUUUUCAUACACCAGGAUGAUUCCGAAUCCCCAACUGACUACAUUUUAUUUCCUGAAUCUUACAAGUAUCAGCAUUGGUGGGGUGCAAUUGCAGGCUCCAGGUUUCGGGAAAUUUCCAGGGAUUUUGAUUGAUUCCGGGACGGUUAUUUCCAGGCUUCCGCCUGGAAUUUACAGGGCCCUGAAGGCAGAAUUUUCGAAGCAAUUUUCAGGAUAUCCUUCGGCUCCAGGAUAUUCCAUCCUGGAGACAUGUUACAAUCUCAGUAGCUACCAGGAAGUGAAUGUUCCAAUAAUGAAAUUCCAGUUUGAGGGAAAUUCUGCUAUGCAUGUUGAUGUAAGGGGAAUGUUUUAUUUUGUGAAAUCGGAUGCGUCACAGGUGUGUUUAGCUCUCGCGAGUCUUUCGUUUGAAGAUGAAAUUGGGAUUAUUGGGAAUUAUCAGCAGAGGAACCAGAGGAUUGUUUAUGAUAUAAAGGAAUCGAAGGUUGGAUUUGCAGGAGAAACUUGCAGUUCAAUUUGAGAAGAAAUUGAAUUUGAGAGAAAUAGUUGUGUGGAUUCAAAUUUUCUUUUUUCCCUCCAAGGCAAGCCAAGUAAUUUUGGCUUUAUUAUUGCUGAUUUUCAUUGAAUAGUUUUUUAUGUCCAUAUAAUAUAUUAAUCAAUAUAUAU